AUGAUUUCCAAGAUUCUCCCAGUCGCCGCUCUUGCUGGUGCAGCUAUGGCUGCCACCAGUUGCCCUCUCUCAGUUGAGAUUGCUGGCACUGCCGAUCAUGUUGCUCAAGUCGCAAUCACCAACACUGGUGCCGAGACCCUCACUCUCUUCAAGGGUAACACCGUCUUGAGUGAACACGCUACUUUGGACGUCGUAGCUUCUACAGCUGAUAAGGAUCUUGAAUUCAAGGGAACUUAUGUCAACUACAAGCGUACUGGCCUUGCUGCUGACAUGUUCCAAACUCUUCAACCUGGCGAGACAGUAACAACUUCUCUCAAUGUAGCCAAGACCUACAAUCUUGAAGGUCUUGAGACUGUUGAUGUUACCGCUAUCCAAGGUUUCAGAUAUGUCAUUGGAGAACGUGCUCCAUCUGCUUUGAGCCAAACCACUCUUUGCGACGCUGUCACCUCCAACACUGUGACUAUUACCCCUGAUCAAAGCAAGGUUGCAUCUGAUCUCGUAAACAGAGAUGAGCCAUUCAAGUCACGUAUCUCAAAGCGUGCCGUUACCUACAGCAGUUGUACCACCGCUCAAACCACCUCCCUCAAGACCACAGUCGCUGAUGCCAUCACAUUGGCUACCAAUGCUUACACUGCUGCUGGUACUGCCGCUGAUUAUUUCACCACCUGGUUCAAGUCUACCUCCGAGGAGACUGCCGUUCGUGCUAUCUACACUGAUGUCAAGAACGUUCAAACCACAUCCCCAAAGAUCUCUUGCACAGAUACCUACGGAGAUUGCGCUGACGGAAGUGCCUUGCUCUACACAGUUCCCAGCGCCAACGUCAUUGUUCCUUGCCCAAACAAUGGAUACUGGGGCUUUGAUGAGUACUCACCUACCUGCACUGAUUUCGAUUAUGACCGUGCCGGAAGUAUCUUGCACGAGAUGACUCACUUGUAUGGUACUGAAGAUUGGGCUUAUGGACCAACUGCUGCCAAGGCUUUGACUGCUGCUCACGCUGCCAACAACGCCGAUACCUACGAGAUGUAUGCUGGAUCCGUCAGACUCGGUGGAUGCACUGGUUAA